UCCACGUCCCACGUGGUUCCGGUAGUCAAGAUGGCGGGAGCAGCUACCCCGGUUUCCCUGGAGGCGACUCCGCGAAUCAUGCGUCUGGUGGCCGAAUGCAGUCGCUCCAGGGCUCGGGCGGGCGAACUGCGGCUGCCUCACGGACCGGUGGCCACUCCAGUGUUCAUGCCAGUGGGCACUCAGGCCACCAUGAAGGGUAUCACAGCCGAGCAGCUGGACGCCCUGGGCUGCCGCAUCUGCUUGGGCAACACCUAUCAUCUGGGUUUGAGACCGGGCCCUGAGCUGAUCAAGAAAGCCGAAGGUCUCCACGGCUUCAUGAAUUGGCCCCACAAUCUGCUGACAGACAGUGGUGGCUUCCAGAUGGUGUCCCUAGUGUCCCUGUCUGAGGUGACGGAGGAGGGCGUCCGCUUUCGCUCCCCCUAUGAUGGCGAUGAGACCCUUUUGAGCCCGGAGAAGUCCGUGGAAAUUCAGAACGCACUGGGCUCAGACAUCAUUAUGCAGCUAGACGACGUGGUCAGCAGCACUGUGACAGGUCCACGUGUGGAAGAAGCCAUGUACAGGUCAAUCCGCUGGCUGGACCGGUGCAUUGCAGCCCAUCGGCAACCGGACAAGCAGAACCUGUUCGCCAUCAUCCAGGGUGGGCUGGAUGCGGAUCUGCGGGCUACUUGCCUUGAAGAGAUGACCAAAAGGGACGUGCCAGGCUUCGCCAUCGGAGGCCUGAGUGGUGGUGAGAGCAAGGCCCAGUUUUGGAAGAUGGUGGCACUGAGCACUUCCAGGCUGCCUAAGGACAAGCCCCGCUACCUGAUGGGCGUUGGCUAUGCUACCGAUUUGGUGGUCUGCGUGGCUCUUGGAUGUGACAUGUUCGACUGUGUUUAUCCCACAAGGACAGCGCGCUUUGGCUCUGCCCUGGUGCCCACAGGCAACCUGCAGUUGAAGAAGAAGCAGUAUGAGAAGGACUUUGGCCCCAUAGACCCCGAGUGCAUCUGCCCCACUUGCAAGAAGCACAGCCGGGCCUUCCUGCACGCUCUACUCCACAGCGACAACACAGCCGCCCUGCACCACCUCACUGUCCACAAUAUCGCCUACCAGCUGCAGCUGAUGAGUGCCAUGCGCACCAGUAUCGUGGAGAAGCGCUUCCCUGACUUCGUGAGGAACUUCAUGAGCACCAUGUAUGGGGACCACACCCUUUGUCCCACCUGGGCCACCGAAGCCCUGGCCUCUGUGGGAAUAACACUGGGCUGACCUGACCAAGGGAAAUGGAGGUUGGGGCUGGAAGAUACUGAAGGAUUUUUUAAGCUUUUAAAAAUUAUAACGUA